CUGAGAGACUAACUGCCUCUGUUGCUGUUACGUCUGGCCCUACCGACCAGUGAGCAGUCAUCAAACAACAUCGGCGCGUGAAAGGCGAGGAACCGAGAUGCAGCUGCAAGCGCCAACCCCGCACGGGAACCAUUCACAGUACCGUCACCGACCGUUAUGGAUCAUCUACCUUCAACCCUUCUCUCUUCCAUCAUUCCACCUUGUGCUUACUAGACAAGCAUCAUCAUGGCCAUGAUUUGCGGGUUGACAACUGUAGCUUCCGCGGUGGCAUCAGCGUGCGCGAUUAUCGCCCUCAUUCUGGGAGCGCUCUCCUGGUCCCGUACCGCAUCGCUAUAUCUCCCCCUCCCGCAAUGGAUCCCAGUGAUCACCACUCUCUUCCCUCCAAUAACGGCACUAGCGCUAUACCUUGCUAACCGACUCUCCCCGGCCGCCAGAGCCGAUAAUACGCACCCAGUGAACCGCUGGCGAAGCCUCUUCCCCAUCGCGGACCAUCUCCAUUCCAUAAUAUCGACCAUCAUUGCCACCGUGGCCCUCGCUUAUCUAUAUCCUGAGAGUGUUCUGACCUGCAGAUUAGAGCAGGAAUGGCAGGCGUAUUUCCGCGCGAAGGACGCACAACCUAUCCGCACUAUUCAGGACGAGUUCCGCUGCUGUGGAUUCCGGAGCAUCCAUGAUCGAGCCUGGCCGUUCAAAGACCGGACCCACGGGGACGACGCCUGUGAGGUGCAGCUUGGAUAUGGACAGAGCUGUUUGGUUCCGUGGACGCGGCAGCAGCAGAACGCGUCGUGGAUGGUUUUUGCUGCCGCUGUCUUGACUCUGCUUAUGAAGGUUGGUGCUGAGCCUUGCUGCGUAUACUUCUCUAACAAAGGAAUACAGGUUGCGUUCUAUCAGGCCAUGCGUAACAGAGCGAGCUGGAUGAACACCCAGUUUGAAAGACCGGCACCCGAGUAUCAGCGAAUUACGGACCAUCCAGAGUUGCAGGAUGAAGACGCCGAGGGUGAUGCAGAGGGCCGGCAUGGGACAUUGUUGCCACGUGCGCACCCGAGGUACGAUAAUGAAUGGAAUGAGCGGUAGAUUGCCAGAGCUUCAUGUCUGCAAUGAGGAUAAGCGUGGUGCUAUGCUGGCCUCUUGCGACAUAUGAAGGUCACUUAUCGGUUUUCUAGGUCUAGUUGAGCUACGCUGCGCGACUGGAGCUGGUUCUGCAAAAGUACAUCAGUUGAGGACCCAACUGGAGAAUGGUGUGCUAUGGUGAUAGUUAAUGCUAUGCCAAUUAUCUUAGGAAAUCAAGUUGUCAUGUCCUUGGUAAUAUCAAGUAAUCCAAUGGCAAUAGUGGAAAGGAUGU